AUGAAAGUUUCUUGUGGUUUGAAUGUUGGCAAGCUGCUUAGAGUGUUGCAGGAGGGGCUGCUGAAAGAAGAGGCUGCACACUUUGCACCACUCACAUGCCUGGUGGGAAAUAAGGUAAUGCUUCAUCUUUAACUUUAAAUUAAAAGGGAAAACCCCAAUUUUAUUUUGUAACAUAAUGUUUAAUUUAUAGUGCAAAGGUAAGUGCUUGAGAGGCAUUAACUAAGUGCCUGGCAAUGCUGUCUCCGUAAUUGAAUAUGGUAACAAAAUUAUCUAAAAACAUUUCUUUUAUUUUAGGAUUCAGAUGGAAUCAGUCUUUCUCAGCGGGAUAACAUCACAACAUUCAUGCUGAAUCUGAGCAGACACUGUGGAUUUCACUCAGAAACAUACUCCCUUUCUGUUAACUUGCUUGAUCGUUUCCUCUCAGUAGUAAAGGUAAGUUUUUUUCCCAGGUAAAUAAUAAACUUUUGUUUUUGUAUAUUGAGUUAACAGGAAGAAAACUUAUAACUGUUACUUACUGGUCUUAAUUUUUUUUAAGCAUGUACAUUCUAUUAAUUUAAAAAAUGUCAAAUAUCAGGUUGUAAAAACAGGGUUGUCAGAAAGUUUUGAAGUAGAUCGAUGAGUGGUCAAAGUAAGUGGCCAGUCCAGGGAUAUUUAUUUAAAAUUAAAAUAAAUAAGGUUUUGGAGCUAAGAAAUUUUCUUGUCUGUUCUAUUGUAGGCAAAUCCUAAGUACCUUCCUUGCAUGAGCAUCUGCUGUCUUUUUCUGGCCAUUAAGAUGUCUGAGGAGGAUGAGGUAAAAAAUACCCAUACACUACAUUACUGUUUAAACUAAGAUCUAAGGUUUUUCCACUACAAAAAUAUAAUUGUGUCUUGAAAGACUGUUAUUGCUCUUCACUGAGAGUCAAGGGAAGCAAUUGUGGCACAGUGGUGACCCGCGUUCAAGUCCUAGCAUCAAACCCAUAAUUAUGUGGGAUGAGUUUGUCCUUGCUCCAGUUUUUCUCUGUACUCUUGCUGGUUUUCCCUUCUUCUCAAAAACCAACACUUCCAAAAUGCAUUCUUAAGUGUAAGAACUCCCAGGUGCUUCAUGGAGAAACAAAUUUCAAUUUCCCAUAUUAUUAUCUCUUCAGUGAAUGAUGAGGGUAAAUCUUCAAAUCUGAUGUCAGCAGUUUCUUCAGUAAAUAAAGUCAUGAUACUUGGUUCUCUCAUAUAUUGAUCUAGUAUGUGUUUUUAUUCAUUUUUGUCUCAGGAUGUCCCAACAGCAGCUGAUUUUGUCAAAGUUAGUGGUCUUCGCUUCUCUUCUUCUGAUCUACUUCGUAUGGAGCGCAUCAUCCUUGAUAAACUCAACUGGAAUUUAAACGCUACUACUCCUUUAUAUUUUUUGCAAGUGGUAAGUAUAUGCAACGAGUAUCGUACAUGAAACCUUCCAUUCUUCUUUCUUUCUUGCUUCUUCAUUUCUAUCCCUCCUUUCUCUUUUUCUUAACCCCUUUCCACAUGAUUUUUUAUUUGCUUUUAUUAUUUUAAUACAAGACCUUGUAAUAAGUAUGUGUUUUUAAUUUUCUGCAGUUCCAUGCUCUUGGCGUUGCAAAAGGCUUUCUUGAUCAUUGCCCAGUGAACCAACAUUUACAACACAUCACUUCUCUUAUGGAGGGCCUCCUCUGCCACCACAAGUUUAUGUUCUUUAAGGUAAAUUCUCCUUUAAUUUAAGUAUUGUUAGUCAAACACAAUAUAUAUGUUGUAGUUAUUUUUUUUUAUCUCAGGUAAUUUUUCUUUUUCUUUUGUUUUGGGGUAUGGUAAUAUGCAAAUGAAGUUGAAACAAAAGAAAAAUAAAAAAUUAACUAUGCAACAUAUAUAUAUAUUUGUGCAUUAAAUCGUGCGAACAAAAUGUUGCUAGGAAUAAGUCAGGCUUUUAUUUCUGAGAAUUACCACUGUGAGUGAAACAACAGUAAGGAAAUAUCUUGAGUCCACUGGCUGCUCAUUAGCCAUUUCCUAGGAGAGCAUUCUUUGGCCCAACUACUUCUGCUUACAACAGGCUUGCACUUGUACAUGGAGUACAGUGCUGCACAAUCGUUUCUGAGGUACAUCAUAUUGAUCUUGUAUGGAUUUGUUUUCUUUCAGCCAUCAACCCUUGCCCUUGCUUUGCUGAGUCAUGAGUUGGUGUAUGUCUGUAACAACUGGUUUAUGGCAACACACUACUUGCAACAUGAAGGAAAGGUAUGAUUUGUCAGUUUGUAACCUCUUCACCCCUUAACUAAUCAUGUGCAGAAGAUCUCCGACCACUCGAGUCACCAUCGGUUUUAAUCCAGUCCAACAGGCUUGAGGUCAAUGUAAAAAAAACCUAAAGGGGAGGGGGGGGGGGGGGGGAGAGAAAGGAAGAGACAAAACUUUUAAGACUUUUUUGUCACUUUUUUACCCUAAAUCUCAAAAUUUUGCUUUCUGUACAUCCUGGAACUUCAGGAGCUGAUAUAACUUAUAGCAUUAGGAAUAGAAAUAAGAAUGCCACAAAGGGCUCAACUAAGAUAUCCAGAGCACCCCUCAUCUUUAUACCCAAGAUAUUGAAACAAUUCUUUCUGUAGAUUUUAACACCUCCUUCUUUUUUGUAGGUUUCAGAUGCCGAGCUUUGGGCGUGUUCAAAACUAGUUAAUGAACAUCUGAACUCUGUUAUACAAAAACACUUACCCAGUUUCAAGACAUUACCAAUGACUGAGAAUGAAGAUGAAGAGUUUCCAGUGAUAGAAAAUUGAAAAUGAAUUUGUACAGGUUCGUCUUGCUUAUUAUUUUUCAACAGUAUAUAUACACUGUCAAACUUUCUGUCACAACCUAAAUUAGAGACCUUCAAUGUGCUAACCUCUGCAUUCAUCCUGAUGACCUUUAAACCAAUCAAAAGCAUCAAACAAGUAAAUGGUUUGUAAUGAUCCUCAAUUAUUUGCCCAGUGAAUUAACUUUCCUACAGUUGCCUAUAAGAGAGAUCAAUCUGUGACAGAAAUCAUUCUGUCCUACAUGUAGUGUAUGCACCACAGACAGUGACAUAUGCAUUCAGUCAGAACACUGUUUUGAUCUCUAUAAAGCAGAGUGUCAUUUCAGGUUGAAUGUUGGUUCUCUAAAACAGAUGCUGUCCUGCAUAGAGUUGGAGUUGGGUCCAUGCCUGAGGGUUUCCAAACAAAACUAAUAGCAGCUUUUAUUUCCUUGUAGAUCCUCACUGCUUGCUAAGAUGUUUUCUUUGUUACGUGAUUAACUACAGUGUAGUUUAGUAUGUAAAGCAACAAAGGAACACUUUACUUAACUAUCACAACUCAAGACUAGACUAGAGAUGUGUGAAUUGUAAUGAACAGUACAUAUGUAUAUUUAAAUCAAAAUUAUGUAUAAAUUUGAGAACCACCCAAAGCAAACAAGCAGCUCAACAUCAUACUUAGAGAUUCUCAUUAUGUCAACUGUUUUGUACAGUUCUUUUUUUAUGAAUUUUAUUGUUAAAAUGACCAAAAACCAUUUUAUUGGUUUAAUGGUUUGCCGGGUUUGUGUUACUUGUGGUAUCUCGUUGUGUUAAUAUGACUGUACAUUUGUACAUUUUAUUGGUUUUAUAUGGUGGAAUGGAGAAAAGGCAUUAGUGUAGACACCUUUAUUAUCUGUAAAUAUUUUAGUAUGGAGUGAAAAUAAAAGUUUUUACUUUAUAAAAAGAG